GUAGAACUAGUCUGUUUCCAGUUGGGACCCUCUCCAAAAAAGAUUCCCCGCUACACCUUAAAUGUGUCCAGAAUAAACCUGGAGAGGCACGGUGCGGGAAGACGUACGUGCCAGUCGGAACCCUCAUCGUGGCGGUUUCAACCUCCGACCUUUACCCUGUAAUAGCUACUUGGAUCUGUUUCCUCAAGCCCAAGAAGUGCCCGCCGCCUGCCACGAGAGAAAACUCAUCUCGAACUUUGAGGCAGAAAAAAAAAAAAGGGAGCAAAGAAAAGCAGAGAAAGAGAGAAAAUUGACUGCAUUGGGGAACCCCCAAAAACGAAAUCCGAUCGUAAACCAAACCGCCCGCCGCCCUGCAUGCGGCCCCGAGCUCCCGCGUAAAACACUCCCCCCUCCGAAAGCCGUUGCCUUUUAGUUGCCCCUCGGGUUACUGCACGCCUUACCUGUCCAUUCAUUGAGCCAUCAUGGCUUCCACCGCACCAACUACCGACUCUCAAGCAUCAAAAAAGAAGAACAACAAAAAGAAGAAGGCGACCGGCAAGACCAAGCCAGCAGAAAACACUCAGCAGGAGGAGGAAGCGUCGGACGGAGAGACUGCGCCACCAGCAGAAACAGAAAACCAAGAGCUAGAUAAUGGAGACGCUGCAAAUGGCCAUGCCGGCGCCAAUGGCAAGGCAGCCCAGUCACAGCUGCCCCAACCACCAAUAGAAGAAGCCACACCACCAUCAAACACCAGCCGGCAGUCUCAAUCGCAGGCCGGCAACACAGGAGACACGAGCGCGAAGCUGGCGGCCAUGACGGAGGAGCGAGACGCCCUCCGGACCGAGGUCGAGCAGCUCCGCCGUCAGCUGGAGUCGAUUCGUGAAUCCCACGCGACCGAAACUUCCCAACUGCGCACCGAACUCGAGGAGUCCGAGGCGGCCCGCGACCGUGCCGAGGACCAAUACCAAACCCUCCUCGGGAGGGUCGAGAAGAUCAAGGAGACGUUAGGGGACAGGCUCAAGCGGGACAGGGAGGAGCUGGCCGAGGCCAAGGACCGCGUGGAGGAGCUCGAGGGCCAGAGCGAAGGGCUGGUCAAGCGGGCGGAGGAGGCCGAGGCCGAGGCCGAGAUGCUACGCGAGGAGCUGCACGAGUCGAACCGCGAGCUGUCGUCGCUGCGCAGCCGCGGCAACCUGUCGCAGCAGAACUGGCUCAAGGAGAAGGAGGACAUGACGCGGCAGCUGCACAGCUACAAGGUCGAGCUGGACCGGACGAGCAGCGCCAUGGGUGAGUGGGAGGUCAUCGCCAUGGAGCAAAAGUCGGUAAGGGACAGCCUGGCCGACAAGGUGGCCGAGCUCGAGGCCGAGACCGGCCAGCUGCGCGAGGCGCACGAGCGCGCCGCCUCGGAGCGGGACGCGCAGGCGCAGGCCGUCGAUGCGCUGCAGAGGGCGCUGCGGGAGAUCCAGGAGGCCAGGAAACGGGAGCUGCGCGAGAUGGUGGAGAGCUCCGAGGAGCAGCUCGAGGCGGCCAACAGGAAAGCCAAAGAGGCGGCCCGACUGGCUGACGAGGCGGUGGCGGCGCGCGAGCAGUUGUCCAAGGAGCUGGAGCGCAUGGUUCCGUUUGAGAAGGAGGUCAAGGAGAAGAACUUGUUGAUUGGCAAGCUGAGGCACGAGGCUAUCGUGCUCAACGAUCACCUGACCAAGGCCCUCAAAUACAUCAAAAAGAACAAGCCGGAAGAAAACGUCGACAGACAAGUCGUCACCAACCUCUUCCUCCAGUUCCUGGGACUCGACCGCUCGGAUCCCAAAAAAUUCCAAGUAUUACAGGUCAUAGCCGGCAUCCUCAGCUGGAGCGAAGAACAAAAAGAGCAGGCCGGGCUCGCGAGGCCAGGCACCUCUAGCAGCAGCCUGCGCCUGCCGUCGGCGCCCUUCCACCGCACCCCGAGCACGCCGUCGCUCAACACCGAGUACUUCAGCGAGUCGUCGACGACGCCCACCAACAAGGAGUCGCUGGCGGAGCUGUGGGCUGGCUUCCUCGAGAGGAGCGUCGACGAGGCCGGCACCGGCGUGGCAGGCAUGGGCCUCGGGUCGAGAAAAGGGAGCAUGUCUAGCAACGCGACCGGGACGACCAGGCCAGAUACCAGAGGGGCUUGAUACGGGAUAGAGAAUGAGGAAUGAUGGCGGGGAAGAAGACCAAAAAGGGUUAUGUAUGGUAGAGGAGAAAUAGAGGAUGACUGUGGCAUAUUUUUUGAUCUUGAUGAAUGGUUCUAGAUCUUUGAGCCCU